AUGGCUACUAAUGGUUUAUCUACAAACACACACGAAUCCGAUGAGGUCACGGUGGUGGAUGAAAUAUCUGUCCAACUUACUCCCAGAAAAUAUCAACUCGAGUUAUUUGAAAGGGCCAAGACGGACAACAUUAUUGCCGUAUUGGAUACGGGCAGCGGGAAGACGUUUAUUGCGGUAUUACUUAUUAAAGAAACGGUUGCGGAGGAGAGAAGACUAAGAAUGACCAGGCGUGAGACAAAACUCUCCUUUUUUUUAGUGAAUCUAGUCCCCCUUGUAUUUCAACAAGCGGCUGUCAUAAAAGCAAAUUGUGAUGUAAAGGUUAAACACUUUUGCGGUGAAAUGGGCGUUGAUCUAUGGACAGAGAAGAUAUGGAAGCAAAAUUUCGAAGAAUUUGAAGUAGCAGUGAUGACUGCACAAAUAUUUCUGAAUAUUCUUCGACAUGGAUUUAUUUCAAUGUCCCAGGUUAACCUCAUUGUUUUUGAUGAAUGCCAUCAUACGUCAAAACGCCAUCCAUACAACCUUAUCAUGAUGGAAUUUUACGAUCGAUGCCCAGCCGAUCAACGACCAAAAAUCUUUGGCAUGACGGCAUCACCUGUUAACACGCGUAAAAUGAUAUCGGCAAGUCAGUUAGAACAUAGCUUAUCAGCCAGAAUUUUCACAGCAUCUGAUACAGACGAACUCCGCCAAUUUGUGAACCGUCCCGAAGAAAUUGCCGUUUACUACGAUACCGCUCCCCGCUAUGGAGAUACUCAGCUCUCCGCGUCAAUACAAAGAGAUUGUUCGAGUUCCGAAAAACUCCAGAAGUGUCUUUGCAGCACUAAAUUUUGUCUCGAAGCGCUCGGACCAUGGUGUUCUGAUCGCAUAUGGAAGCAUUUUUUCGAUGACUCUAUAGAAAAGCAAGGCGGUAAGCUCGAUCCGUCACUAUACAAGAUAGAUCUUCUGGACGAUGAGAAAAAGUUGGUUUUCCAAGCGCUCACUUACAUCGAUGAAUAUAAACUUGAGAAGCCGAUACUUGACAAACGUUUAUUGUCCCCGAAAGUGUUGCGGCUUAUUGAGAUUUUGGAGUGUUUUGUAGAGGUAUCCGAGGAGUUUUGCGGAAUCGUAUUCGUUGAGCGAAGGGAUACAGCAGUAGCACUGAAUUUCUUGAUAAAAGAAAUUGAAUCACUCAAAUUUCUUAAAUCGUCCAUAUUGGUUGGACAUGGGAUGGCCGUUGAUGGAGAUGUACAGAUGCGAUUUCGGCAGCAGAACAGGGUUAUAAAUGCCUUCCGUUCGGGUGAGAUUAAUCUGCUUAUCGCAACAAAUGUAGCCGAAGAAGGUUUAGACAUUCAGCCAUGUAAUGUCGUCAUUCGUUUCGACUUUUUCAACACCCUUCGUGCCUAUAUCCAAUCUCGCGGUAGGGCGAGAAAAAAGAACUCUAAAUACAUUGUCAUGCUUGAGAACGGGAAUUCCAGGGAGCAAUCUAUUCUUAGGGAAAUUAGUGAAGCCGAUCAAAAGAUGCGUGAAUGGUGUGCCACACUUCCUGAGGACCGCCGAUUGUUUCUGGUAAACGAGGAUGAUUCAGACGUUGACGAUGACGACGAGGAAGGCCCAGUGGUCGAACGAUAUCAUAUUGUUCCUUCGACUGGUGCUUUACUUAGCUACGAAUCGGCGGUGUCAUUGGUAUAUUAUUAUUGUUCGAAACUGCCAAAAGAUGCUUACUGUAACUUGGUGCCAGAGUUUGAUAUCGAGUCGGUGAGCGGGAGUUUUGUCUGUACGAUAGCACUACCCAAUAAUGCGCCAAUUAGAACGGUGGCAGGCGAACCGAUGAGGAGCCGAGGUUUGGCAAAAAAGUCUGCUGCCUUCAAAACUUGCAUAAAGCUGUAUGAGAAUAAGGGACUGAAUGAUCAUUUGCUGCCGGAUGUUGAGUGGAUCGAAGAGGAUCAUGAGAUGACCAAAGAUAAAGAUGGCCUCACAGAAGGAGCACGCAAGACUAGACGGGAGUAUAAUAUAAAAAUCCCUGAUUUUUGGGGAGCAAAAAAGGAAAAGCCUUUGGUGAGUGAGGAGACAGAAGAAGGAUCAACCCCCGCCGAUGAUACAGAAGAACUGGGGCCGAUGCCGGAUGAGUUGUAUGCUACAAUAUUUAAACUCGAUAUUGAAAACGAGACAUACGACGGACAGUCAUAUCGUGUUAUGUGUAUGCUUACGCGAAAAGAAUUUCCUAGUGUGCCUGAUAUUCAGAUUUUCUUCCAUGGUGUUAGCAAGUUGGUAAAAGUUAUUCCAUACUCGAAACCUAUCAAGUUGGGUAGAGAAAAACUAGAAUUGGCUUUCAACUUUACUAUUCGGCUAUUUACUUCGAUCUUUAAUAAGAAGUACGUGGCUGACUUGGACGAGUGUGUCUAUUUGUUCUUACCCCUCAUGAAAGAUACCAAAGUCGAUGAGAACUCGCUUGAUCAUAUUGAUUGGGAUGGUGUUAAGACAGCUAUUGGAUGUAGUCAACGUCCAAUAGAUCUCAACGAUAUCGAGAGUUUAAGGGAUGCCGUGAUUAUUGACCAUUCUGAGGAUAGUCGUAGAUACUUUGUCGAUGAUAUUAGAUAUGACCUUACACCACUGAGUCCUGUUCCCGAGAGCAGGUUUACAAGAGAACUUGGACAUGAGAAUUUUGCUGCAUACUACAAGGCACGUUUUGAUCUAGAACUGCAAAAUCCCAACCAGCCCAUGCUGCAAGUACGAAAGAUCUCUCGAGUUAUGAACUUUUUACAACCAAUACCUGGGGCAAUUCCGAUAGUGAAAGGACGAACGGCUGCUUUUCUCAUACCUGAAUUUAGUAAUGAGUACACGAUCAAGGGAUCCGUCUUCCGCUCCGCUAUGAUGAUUCCAACUAUUCUUGUCAGACUCGACUCAUUACUAUUGGUUCAAGAACUACGCGCUCGGCUCACCUUAUACGUUGACGAUCUUCAAGCUCUGGAAGCUUUAACGACACCAUCUGCCAAUAUGGAAAUGAAUUAUGAAAGGCUAGAAACAUUAGGUGACGCAUUUUUGAAAUUUAUAACUACAGUUCACCUCUACGUCAGCUUUCCUGAGAAACACGAGGGACAACUUCACUGUCAGCGUAUUCGCAUUAUAUGUAAUAAGAAUCUUUAUCGCGCUGCCAAGAGACUUCGCUUAUACGGAUACAUCAAAUCCCAACCAUUCAAUCGUCGAUCAUGGCGUCCUAUAGCAAUGAGAACAGAUUAUGAUACUCCCGAGUUGCGUGCUCUGGAAAAAGUGCAAGAGUUAGCUGACAAGCAAAUAGCAGAUGUGGUCGAGGCAUUACUCGGAGCGUCAUACCUAAGCAGCACGACUGAAUUGGCGCUGAAGACAGCAAUUGCGUUGGCCAUUCAAUUUGGCGAUAUAACCGAGUGGAAACAAUUUCAUGAGACUAACAGAAACCCACCGAGGGUGGAGGAGGGGAAGUUGCACAACUUGGACAUUGCAAAGAUAGAACAAAUUUGUGGUCAUACGUUCAAGAACAAGAUACUUAUUGCCGAGGCCCUGACUCAUGCGAGUUUGCCCAAUUCUCAGACGUCGUGCUAUCAGCGAUUGGAAUUCCUUGGUGAUGCUAUACUGGACUUCUUGACAGUAAAAUAUCUUUUUGAACAAUACCCAGAGGGUACUCCUGGUCUUAUUACUGAUCUCAAAGAUGCCUCGGUUAACAAUCAUAUAUUGGGUGCUAUAUGUGAAAUACUGGAUCUUCACAAACAUAUUAUUCACUUUUCCCCUAAACUAAUGUCUGCUAUUACCGAGUUUGUAGAAGCUGUUGAUAAAAUGAGAGAAGAGGGUACAGCCGUCGGAGAGUAUUGGAGUGACAUUGACGUGCCUAAAGUAUUGAGCGAUGUUAUAGAGAGUAUGUUAGGAGCAGUGCUUGUGGAUGCAGAAUUUGAUAUUGCCGCACCACAAAAGAUGUUUGAUAGAUGCAUCCAACCAGUAUUAAUGAAGCAUGUUACGCCUGAAACACUGAAAGUACAUCCAGUGAAGGAACUCACGGAAUAUUUGCACAAGCAAGGAUGUAGCAUGGUAUUAUUAAGAAACCACACAACGGAGACUGGAAUUGAGGCAGCAUGUACAAUCUUUAUUCAUGAUACAGCAGUUGCUAAUACAACAGCCAACAACAUUCGUACAGCUCGUAAGACAGCCGCUGAAGCAGUCAUGAAGAAAAUCAAGGAUGAACCUUGGUUUUUGGAGUCAGUGUGUUCCUGUAUCGCGUUGCCCAAGGAUGAUAGCGUUUUGAGAGAUGAUGCAUACGAUGAAGAGACUUAUGUUGAUUAG